UACUUUUUCUCAUUCUUUCUCUUACUUUACUCAUUUUUCUUUUAUUCUAUCUUACUUUACCAAUUCUUCUCACUUACUUUACCAAUUAUACAUUAAAACUCAUGUCGUUUUAAAUGUUUCUAAUUUUUGAAUAAUGAAGGAGUAAAAUAAACUCGCAUCUCUUUUGUUGCCGUUGCCUCUCUCAUUAACGAAAAGUGGGUGUGUGUCAUGUGUAUGUGUAUGUGUUUGCAAUAAAAGUUAAACGCAAACAACUAAUGAAAGCAAGAGAAUAAUGCACUCAUAUUUUUUACACACUCGGGAAUGAUUUACUACUCCAUAUUAGUACUACUACUACUACUAAUAUUUAAGCUAGUGUGUUUCAGUGUUUGUGUGUGUGAGAGAGAAACAUGGGGAGAGCGCCGUGUUGUGCGAAAGUUGGGUUGAAGAGAGGGAGAUGGACUGCAGAAGAAGAUGAAAAACUUACAAAACAUAUUGACGAAAAUGGUGAAGGCUCGUGGAGAUCAUUGCCAAAGAAUGCAGGGUUACUUAGAUGUGGGAAGAGUUGCAGACUGAGAUGGAUCAAUUAUUUAAGGUCUGAUGUCAAGAGAGGAAAUAUAUCUGCUCAAGAAGAAGAAAUCAUCAUCAAUCUCCAUGCAUCUAAGGGCAACAGGUGGUCUCUAAUCGCCGAGCAUUUGCCGGGUAGAACAGACAAUGAAAUAAAAAACUAUUGGAACUCCCAUUUAAGCAGAAAAUUUCACGGUUUCCGCAGCCCCAAUCCCAACUUCAUCCCGCCGCCGCCGUCAAAGACCAAGACCAGUAACCGAAGAGGCGGCCGAAAACAAAUUGCCGCCGUUAUCAUGCCGAAUACGCCCACUCCGGAUAGAGAGAGUGGCAGAUCCAUUGUGGGGGCUGGAGUGUGCAAGGAUUUCAGCUGCCCGGAAAUAGAGGAUAUGGAGAUAUCACGGGCCGAUGAUUUCGGGCCUGGAACGCAGAUGGAUUCGGGUUUGGGUUUGGGCAUGGGCCCGAGCCGACAGAGUGAAUCAUCAGAAUUCCAUGAGUCCGGGCUCGUGGGCUCGGAAAUGUAUGAAAGUACAUUUUCGUGGAUAUGGGAUGAUUACAACGACAAAGAGUUGGAGGAUGCGAUGCUUUCAUGGUUGAUGUAGUUGUACAGUUGUACUUAACUUUAUCGAUAUUUUUCAACAAGAUGAAAUGCCGUAAUUUUCAUUAAUUUAAAUUUUAAAAUGAUGGAAUGAAUGGCAUGGAUUUAUAGUGUGUAUGUUUGAUGGUUGAAUGAAGUGGUUGUUUUGUGUAGAAAUGUAGUUCAAGAGUAUUGGAAAUGUUAUUUCAAUAGUAUUUCAUAUUGCAAUCUAGAUUGAACAA